AUGUCCGACGAUGCCUCCCGCAAAGCUUUUAUUAUAAAGCACAUGAACGCCGACCACAAGCGCUCCCUCUCCCUCUACCUACGCGCCUACUGCGGCCUCUCCGCAAAAGCCUCCACCUCCCCAACCCUCGAAGACGUCCGCCUCGACGACAUGGUUAUCUCCACGCCCAACGGAGGCCGUUUUACAAUCCCCUUCACGCCCCCUCUCAAAUCCCUGACAGACACCCGCGCGCGCGUCGUCGCAAUGCACCACGAAUCCCUGCGCCGCCUCAACCUCUCCGACACAAACAUAACAACCUACGCGCCACCGAAGGGCGGUCACAUCUUGGGCUUCGCGCUCUGUCUCGCUGUGUUUCUGGGCUAUUCGCGACGCAGCAAUUUCGAGGCCGGGUCGCUGCUCUACGACGGGGUGGGGUUGGACCGGUUUCCGCGUUUCACGGAGUUUAGCUAUAAUUGGCAGCCGUGGGUGUUGGGGUUCAUGGUGAUUGUGCAUGGGUUUGAGGCUACGGUUCUCUUGGGAUGGAUGCGGUUGAAAAAGUACAAUGUCAAAGUCUUCUCGGGGCUGUGGUGGGUGUGGAUGGUUUCGGGGUUUGUGGAGGGGUUCCAGGCUUGGGUGAGGUUUGACGCAUUGGUUAAGAAGGUUGAGAAGGAGGGGCAUGAGAAAUCUACUUGA